AUGAGGCAUGGGUUCUUUGCGGAUAUGGGCGUCUUCACCCUCCGAACACGAGACAAUGUCAGAUUUUUCCCCGAUACCAAAUGCAUCAAAUGGAUGCUCGAGUGCCGGGCGAUCUCAGCCGUUCCAUUUGAACAAUGGUGUCUCUUAGACUCAAGGACAAUAAAGGUACUCAACAAGUCCGACACCUUUGUCCGCAUUCUUGCCGUCGGUCAGGCGCUGUGGUUCUGUAUCAAUAUCACAGCUCGGGGGACGCAGCGACUUGCGGUGACCACGCUGAAGGUCACCACCAUCGGACUGAUCGUCGACAGCGUAUUGGUCUACUAUGUCUGGAAGGAUAAGCCAUCCAAUGUGGAACUGUCGAUCAUAAUCGAGUUAGAAAUGACGCUCGAUGAGCUGUUGCUGUUGGAGGAAGACGAGGAAUCCCGCAGUCGUCCCUAUUUCCGAACACCGCUCGACUUCACCAGCCGCAAGGUGUGGUCUUUUUACCUGAUCUACCACUAA